AUGCGCAUCCGAUGCACGGGGCAGGUGAAACAUGUUUCUGAUCAUGUGAUCGUGCUGUUGGUCGUAGUGGUUGCAUCACUCCAGUUUUUAUUGCAUGAGAAUAGUGAUUUCUCUCAUUCCGUGUUGGUUCAGGCUCAACAACUAUCACCAACGAUGAGAUCAGCAGUUCAUGAAUCAUUUAAUAAUUACAAAGAGCAAGUGGAUCGUAUUAUUCAAACUCUCACUCUUGGUUCCGAGAAAGGAAAGAUCUAUAACUUGCUGGCCUAUAUUGCUGAUACAUAUGGAGGAAGAUUGGUCGGAUCUAAAGCCUACGAUUUGGCAGCUAAGGAAUUUGUCCGUAAUAUGAAACAAGACGGUUUUGAUAAUAUUCAAUUACAACCUGUUUUCAAUGUAACUCAUUGGGAACGAGGAGAUGUUGAAGAGUUACAAAUGUUAGAGCCUCGUUUCAUUCGCAGAAUGGAAGUAAUGGCUCUCGGAACUUCUCCAGGUGGUUACAUUGAGAAGGGAGAGGUGGUGGUUGUGCGUAAUUUUGAUGAGCUUGAGAGAACCAAUGUACGAGGAAAGAUUGUAUUGUUUAAUAUGAAAUGGAAUGGAUAUGGAAAUACAGUGAUUUAUCGCAGUCGAGGACCAGCAGAAGCAGCCAAGAGAGGAGCUCUUGCAUGUUUAGUGAGAUCAGUAACUCCAUUCAGUAUCUACUCGGCACAUACAGGAGUGACGAAUUUUGAGGAGAAUGGUCCUAAAAUUAUGGCCGCUACCAUUACUGUGGAAGAUGCUGAAAUGAUUGAUCGCAUGACGAGUCGUGGCCAGCGUGUAGUGUUGAGCUUGAGGUUGAAUUGCCAAAACUAUCCUCCAAUCACUUCAUAUAAUAUUAUUGGAGAAAUAACAGGUUCAACCAAACCCAAUGAAGUCAUUGUUGUGGGUGGACAUUUUGAUUCGUGGGAUGUUGGAGGUACAGGCGCAAUGGAUGAUUUGGGAGGAAUUAUGGUAUUCUAUGGAGGAAUUAAAACACUGAUCAAAUUAGGAAUGAGACCUAAGAGAACCAUAAGACUGGUUGGCUAUUCUGCAGAGGAAUUUGGAGGUGGAAGAUUUGGAGGUAUGAGCUAUGUGGAACACUAUCGUGACCAGCUUAAAGAUCAUCUCUUAGGUGUCGAGUCUGAUGGUGGGCCAUUUAGACCAUUGGGCUUUGAGUUUACUGGAGGACCAAGAGGAAUGAGUCUUGUUCAUCAAAUUGCAACAACUUUACUUUCCUCAAUUAAUUCUACGAGAAUUGUGACUGGUGGAGGAGGAGCUGACGUUAAUCCUUUAAGAGAAGUUGCUGGCAUUCCAACCAUGUCACCCAAUGUGGAUGACCAAGAUAGAUAUUUCUGGUUCCAUCAUACAAGAGCAGACACCAUGACUGUACUGAAUUCAGAUGACUUGGAUUUGCUGUCUGCAUCACUUACAUCCAUGAUCUAUGUUAUUGCUGACAUGGAUGAACGAUUCCCAAGAGAUUAA